UAGGAGUUUAGUGAUUGGAACACACUUGCACACUUGUCUGUCAGAGCCGUUGUGAAAGCGAUUGCCGGACGGGUGGAUCGUUGUAAUGACCUAUUCUAUUAAAUGCGAAGAAUGUCUAAUUUCUUACGAAGUCUGGUUCUCGGGGUGCUCUUCAGCCUUGUGAAUACUAGUAUACCUCAGCCCUGGUACGCAACUUUACCCGCGAUAAUCGCCGAUUACAAAGUGCACAUUGAUGCCGGAAAAGAGGAUUGUUACUUUCAAUAUGCUAGCGCCGGAGCCGAUUUCUACGUGAAUUUUCAGGUAAUACGGGGCGGAGAUGGUAAAGCUGGAUUAGCUGUAAGAAAUCCGGAAGGUGUGCUAGUUCAUCCUUAUCAAUGGCUUCCUGAUUCAGCUUAUCAGGAUACGGUGAAAAAUGCUGGCUACUACAGCAUAUGCGUGGACAAUCAGUUCUCGCGAUUUGCUUCGAAAUUAAUCAAUUUGUAUAUCUCUGUGAUUAGGUACGAUGAAUGGGAUAAAUAUUCCAGGGAGCUGGAAGAAUUACAUCUUUCCGUUGAUAAUUUCACAAGUACAAUAACUAACGUGGAGAAAAAUAUGAACGAAAUGCUUCAAACUCAACAUUUGAGCAGAAGCAGGGAAGCACGAGAUUUAAAUUUGUUGUUGGACAACAAUUUUUAUGUCCAAAUGUGGUCCAUUGCCCAAAUAACUGUCAUUAUAAUAACAACAACGACACAGGUAUAUUUUGUUAGGAAAUUGUUCAAUGUAAAGCCAUCUAAAUAUUCAAGAGCUGGCAUCUAGAUGGAGUAAAAAUUUGUACGAAGAAUUUACUAAAAUUCUCGGUGUCCGACUUUAUCGAAAUCGUCGAAUUUGCACCCGUAACAACGCAAUUUCCUCCCGUACUUUUCCUAGGUUAAAGUUGACUAUACUUUCUUUCCUUUUUACGUAAAGUUACUUAUCAAAGAGCAUACGACAUAAGACUGUACUGCAUUUCACAUUUGCUCCAAUGAAACGUUAUCGCCACUCAUUUGUUUAGUUCCCGCAUUUUAAUAUAGACGAACAGAUUAUAUUUAUGUAUAAUUGAAUUUAUUAAAAAAGCAUAUAUUGUAUUUAUAUGAAAACAAUAAAU